AUGGCCGACAACCUUGCAACAGGUGUGAAUAUCGUGGAUCACGUGGGACUUGCGUCUAUGUCAAACCCAUCCGACGUCCCGUACUUUCAAAACAUUGAGGACUUAUCCAAAAGUAUCGAGGAACGCGACUCCAUUUUAGGUCGCCUAUUUCCUAACCGAGAUAUAUCAGAUCUUGUCUCACUAUCGGACCAGGAACUUCGUGAGCUUGUCUUGAACUCUGGACCCAGUCCAAAUGGCACGGCUUUGACUUCUCGCUCCCAUAACACACCCAACGGCUCAAUUACCCAAGACUCGCAGUGGGAUGAAGAUCGACGCGAACGUGAUCCACUACCCGCCGAGGCUGAUGAUGUCAACGCCUUGUCCCUUCCGUUAGACCGCCAAGCUUCUUACCUCGGUAUCUCAUCCAUCAGGGCUGCCCUUAGAGCUAUCCUCCAGAUGCGACCUCAGCUGCGUGCCUCACUCGCAUCUCGGCAGGAGACCUAUAAUGAAUGUCCUCCAGUAGGCGAUAAUGGGGUUCAGUACAGUCAGGUAACUCAAUCUCUGACUGAGAACCCUUGUGUCAAGUGGAGUAGAAAGGGUCAGGCACUCGUCGAUGUAUACUUUAAAAGGAUACACAUAAUGACUCCAUUACUUGAUGAAACAUCCUUCCGGACAACCUAUUUAAAGGGUCAACGGCAUGACUCGCCCUGGCUUGCACUGCUGAACAUGGUGCUAGCUAUGGGCAGCAUUGCAGCUAGCAAAUCCAGCGACCGGGACCACUACAAAUACUACACCAGUGCCAUGCGAUAUCUAGAUCUCAGUGCCUUUGGAAGCAGUCACAUUGAAACGCUACAAGCACUUGCUAUCCUCGGAGGUCACUAUUUUCAUUACAUCAACCGGCCUAACAGAGGUAAUGCUAUCCUCGGUGCAGCAUUUCGUAUGGCGAGCGCUCUUGGCUUCCAUCGCGAGCCGUCAGAUCAAGACAAAGAAGAUGCUCAGCUUCAAGUAGUGGAAUUGAGACGACGUAUCUGGUGGUGCCUAGUUUGUCUUGAUACGUCAGCUUCUACGACCUUGGGUAGACCUUCUUUUGGCCGCUUUUGUCCUUCGAUUGAUAUCCAACCACCAAAACUCAGUACCAACACGCAUGGAGAAGUGGACUCAGAACACGACAUGGAAAUAAUGCUUCUGGCCGAGAAUAUUCGCUUUUGCAGGAUCGCGACUGAGAUUCAGGAUAUGCUCACUGUCACUCCUUUUCUCAAACCUGCUGACCGUGAUCGUUUCGAUAAUAUGUUGGUCAACUGGUACGAUAGUCUUCCGUCGAUUCUUAGUGACGAUCAGGAAUCCGAUGAGUUGGUCCAUCUGGGUCGAUGUACCAUGAGAUGGCAAUACUGGAACUUGCGUAUGCUUUUAUGUAGACCAGCACUACUAGACGCUGCGUCAAAACCUGGCAUAUACUCUCAAUCAAUCGACCAAGAUGCCAUAGAAAAGUGCCAGCAACUUUCCAAGAUAGCUGUCGAGGAUAUAGCUCAAAGCUGGAAGAACGAUCAAAUGUCGGGCUGGAAUGCUGUAUGGCAUCUUUACCAGGCAGUCAUGAUUCCACUGCUGAGUAUGGUCUGGCAGCCUCAAAAUUCUUCAAUUUCUGACUGGAAGAGUCAGAUCGAAAUGGUGCUCGGGUUGUUUGAAAGCAUGCGAGACUGGUCCUUGACGGCGCGUUGUAGUAAGAGGGUUGUAGGUCAGAUCUACGAAACAAUAUAUCAAGAUCUGGAUCAAUGGGCGGAUGUAUUGGAUGUUGACGAUAUAUUAAACAUGCUGUGUCAAGAUUGA